ACAUCAAGCACAAGACGAAGAAGAAGAGGACGGCGGCGGUAACUAUAGUGGCUGUGUUAGUAGGAGACGGAGAAAGAGAGGACGCUAUCAUGAGGGAAAUAUACACUAGUCGAUAGUUUUACUUUUGAAAAUGAUUAUUCUCAUUAUGUAACUAGUUGAUGAAUUUUACAGUGCUAACUUGAGCCUUCGUGUUUGUGGUUAGCAGAGUAAUACAGUAACGUUACGGCAAAGUCAAGGGGUAGCCUAGCUAGCUUACGGUGUGCUAGCUAACGUUGCUUAACUUUGCUAAAUCUCUAGCGUGUUAGCUUAACCAGCAAAAGCUAUUCAUAUUGAAAGCGUCGAAAGUGGACGAAGCAUGUCAAUCAAAUCAGGAGAGGAGCGUCUGAAGGAGAUGGAGGCUGAGAUGGCUCUUUUUGAGCAGGAAGUUCUUGGUGGUCCAGUACAAGUAACAGGAAGCCCACCUGUUAUGGAGGCAAUACCUGUAGCUCUUCCUCUUCCAACGGUUCCAGUAGUGCGGCCCAUUAUAGGCACCAACACCUACAGACAGGUCCAGCAGACAUUAGAAGCCAGAGCAGCUACUUUUGUUGGUCCUCCACCACCAGCAUUUGUGGGACCAGUCCCUCCAGUGCGUCCUCCCAUGAUGAGACCAGCUUUUGUCCCCCAUAUCCUUCAGAGACCUGGUAAUCAGAGGCUGCAGAUGAUGCGUGGACCUCCAAUAGCGCCUCCUUUACCUCGGCCUCCUCCACCUCCUCCUAUGAUGCUCCCUCCUACCCUGCAGGGCCAGACACCUCAGGGUGCUUCUCAGCCCAUCCAGCACAUGGCUGCUGCACCUCAGGUUGCUGAUAUGGUCCCGAUGGUGUCAGACCCAACUGCAAGACAGGGAGCCCUCCCUCCCGUAAAACUGACACCAUCUGUCAUCCAGGCAGCACCGACUGUGUACUCUGCUCCUCCUGCCCCUGUUGGACAUAAAAGAAAUGAUGUUAGAGCUCAGAGACAAGCCAGAAUGGAAGAACUGGCGGCACGGGUUGCAGAGAAACAGGCAGCAGUCAUAGCAGCAGGCCUACUGGACAAGAAGGAGAGUGAAGAUGGCAGCACUGUCAUUGGACCCAGCAUGCCUGAGCCUGAGCCCCCCCACAAUGAGCCUGUGGAAUGUACAACGGAGGACAAAAAGAAGGCAAAGGUCGAGAAAGUGAAGAAAUGUAUCCGUACUGCAGCAGGGACCAGCUGGGAGGACCCUAGUCUGUUGGAGUGGGAUUCAGAUGAUUUCCGUAUAUUCUGUGGUGAUCUUGGUAAUGAGGUCAAUGAUGACAUCCUAGCCAGGGCCUUCAGCAGAUACCCAUCUUUCCUCAAAGCUAAGGUGGUGAGAGACAAACGUACGGGAAAAACCAAAGGCUAUGGCUUCGUCAGCUUCAAGGAUCCGAAUGACUAUGUCAGAGCCAUGAGAGAGAUGAAUGGAAAGUAUGUUGGCAGUCGCCCCAUCAAACUGAGAAAAAGCAUGUGGAAGGACCGCAACAUUGAAGUGGUUCGCAAGAAACAGAAAGAGAAAAAAAAACUAGGCCUCAGAUAAAUGUUAUGCAAGUGGCAGUGUAUGUAUUGUGUUCCCCAGUGCACACACAAAAAUAUUGAGAGCGUGUCUGAUGUUUUGAUCUGUCCAAUCAGGAGAUGUACUGAGAUAGUAUAGUUACUAAUGCUUUUUUCCUUUCUUAAAUAAAUCUGGAAUUUCUAAAUUGUCGGCUUGGUCCCCUAAAUUUUACUUGAUGUAUUUACUUUGACAUUGCAGUACUGCUAGUCAUUGUAUUUUUGUAGAUUUUCAUUCCAAAUAAAUACUUGUUGGAACCAG